AUGAAUUCGGACUCCAGCUCCGUCUCCAGCAGAGCUUCCUCGCCGGAUAUGGAAGGGAUGUACUUGAGGGAUCAUCACCAGCACCACCACCACCACCACCACCACCACCACUCGGUGUCUUCCACCCAGAACGAAGUGGGCCAGAAGGGCUCGGCCGAAAGCCUUUCCCGGAGUGGCGCCAAAGGCUCCGCGGGCGAGAGCAGCAAGUACAAAAUCAAGAAGCAGCUCUCGGAGCAAGAUCUCCAGCAACUGCGGCUGAAGAUCAACGGGCGGGAGCGGAAGCGCAUGCACGACCUCAACCUGGCCAUGGACGGCCUCCGCGAGGUGAUGCCCUACGCCCACGGGCCGUCGGUGCGGAAGCUCUCCAAGAUCGCCACGCUCCUCCUGGCCCGCAACUACAUCCUGAUGCUGACCAGCUCGCUGGAAGAGAUGAAGAGGCUGGUGGGAGAGAUUUACGGCGGCCACCACGCCGCCUUCCACUGCGGGACUGUGGCCCACGCCGCCGCCGCCGGCCACCCGGCCCACGCCGCCGGCGCCGUUCACCCCAUCCUGGGCGCCGCCCUGGCGCCUCCCAGCACCGCUUCCCUGCCCGGCCUCGGCGCUCUCCGGCCGCCCCAUUCCUUGCUCAAGACGCCGCCCGCCCCGCCCGCCCUUCAGCUCACCGGAGGCGGCGGCGGCGGCGGAGGGGGCGGCGGAGGCUUCCAGCACUGGGCCGGCCUGCCUUGCCCUUGCAGCAUCUGCCAGGUGCCCCCGGCCCCGCAUCUGGCCGCCCUUCCCACCCCUACGGCCGGCCUGGCCCGCCUCUCCACGGAAGCCAAGGACUUGCUUAAGUAA